CGCGGGGGAGGAGGCCCCGCUUGGCCCCGCAGCCCCGGAUGCUGCAUGACUUCAUCCUUCCGCCGGCUCUCCUGGUGAGCUAGGGCCGGUCCGGCAGCCAGCCCGCCGUCCGCGCCCCGCCGCAGUCCCGCGCCCACCCCGCGCCCGCCAUGUCCGAGAUCCUGCCCUACAGUGAGGACAAGAUGGGCCGCUUCGGCGCCGACCCCGAGGGCUCCGACCUCUCCUUCAGCUGUCGCCUCCAAGACACCAACUCCUUCUUUGCGGGCAACCAAGCCAAGCGACCCCCCAAGCUGGGCCAGAUCGGCCGAGCCAAGAGAGUGGUGAUCGAGGAUGACCGGAUAGACGACGUGCUGAAGGGGAUGGGGGAGAAGCCGCCGUCCGGAGUGUAGACGCGCCGGCUCGGGCGGCGGGCUCCGGGCCCGGCCUCGCAGCGGCCAGGCGCGCGGGCAGGCGAUGCGGCUGCCGGCGCCCCCCGCCCCGGCCCAGGCGCCCGCGGGCGGGGGCUGCAGGGCCGCGCCGCCGCCGGGCCAGAGUCGCUGCCUCCGCCGCCAGGCACUCCGGAGCUGUCCGCUUCAGCACCACGGCGGCGGCGGCGGCGGCGGCGGCGGCGGCGGCGCGGACCCGCCCGGAGCCCGCCGCCGCGCUCAUGCACUUUAGAACCUCGGGCCGCAGCCCCACCCCGCACACCGGAACGGACAGAGCCCCGCGGCCCAGAGACCCAGCCCCUCCCGCACGGCUCCCUCGCCCCGCCCCUCUCCGGCCGGCCCGGUCGCUAGACCCGGCUCCCAGCCGGCGUCCGACCGUGUG